GUUUCUGUUCUUAGAACAUUCUUGGGUUCUAAGAGCAUUUCGUGGUAGGACUAUAGGAAUGCCGGGACGGUCGGUCCCUGCUCAACACAGAGUUCGGCACCUGCGACUCUCGAAGACCUUCUCUAAACGAGGAGUUGGCCGCCGCGCAGUGGGGGGGCGGUAAAGAUGGGCAGCCGCACGUCACGCCGGCUCGUGGCCGGCGCUUUCGCGGCGCCCGAGCUGUUGCCGCGGGCGGAGCUGGUCAGCGGCGGGGCAGUGGACAAGCAGACGAGCGACAUCGAGUCCACCUCCGUCCUCUGCGUGGAGCCCUCGAUGCUUUCCAUGGCCUGCCUUGGGCUCCACGGGACCAGUGCGGUGGCCGGUGAGGCCGAGCGGCCCCCCUGCACCUUGCUUGGGCACAAUCGUCUCAGCGGCGACCCGUGCCGACGAGAGGAGGACCGCAAGGAGGAUCUACCGAGUCCUGGCCGGAGCAUUUCCCGCAGGUCGGGCGGGCGGUAAUGGGGGGACGAUCUACAUGGGAGGACCUGGAGGAGGAAACGCUCUAGAUGACCUGUAUCCAGAGAGCUGGUGGGAUUACACAAACCCUACCAGAUGGCAUCUGGCAGUCUAGCAAGCCCCAACGUGCCAGGGGGCACGGUGGCGGAUGGCGCGCGGAGCGCGCCUGAAGUGCACGCUCGCCGCAGCUUUGAGGUCUGAUCUCAUGGCGGGCCCUUUUGCUACCCCAUGCUCUGGGCUUGCGUUUAAUUUUCCGAAUUGCAAUAUUGUUGUUCCGCGGCCUUUUAACCCGCAGUAAUUUUCUGAACAGUGCCGAGCUGCUGGACUUGAUAUACUGGGGUG